UGUAUGUAUCAGAUACGUAGUUGGAGAUGCCAAUGUCUGGGCAAUUAAAUCAUUCAACAAAGGAGAGUUGAUUUUGGGAUGAUAGUAAUGGUGUAUCACUACUUACUACUAAAAGUACUACAGGUAUAGACGCACGAGCAAAUUCCCCGACUGGCUUGUUCCGAUGAUCCCUCUUUCCUUCUAUCAGGGUUAGGAAUUGAUGGACCGGACUAUCAAUUACUUGCUAUACUCUCAGUAGAAUUCUCAUUAUUAUUAUAAUAUGAUUAUUAUCUCUUGUUAUGGAGAUAAACAGUGGUAUUAAUCCAACGCCCCGCCGAGGCUGAGAGAAUUGUCGUCAUCCGGUCCGCCCGCCCAGAGAAGUGAACCCGCCCGCUUGCGUCUUCGCGACUUUCUUUCUCUCUCUGUCCGUGUCUUUAUCGCAGGUACUCCAGAUACUAAUAAAUAAGUAUAUUAACUCCCCCCCCAUCGUCUCCGCUGUUCCCGGACUGUCCCCUGCUCUGCCCUGCCAGUUCUUCUCCACCUCCCUCUCCUCCAUCCUCUCUCCUAUUACUCUCCUCUCCUCCCCUCUCUCUUUCUCUCUCAUAUCUCUUAUCACACUGCUUAUCAUGCCACUCACCAUCCUCUCUCAAACACAACUCCGCUCCCUCCUCCUGUCGCUCUCUCGCGACCAGAUCAUUGAGCUCCAGCAGAACCUCUCCAAUGCUCUGCGGGACUACUCCACUGGUAGCCAAGAAAAGGGCUGUGCGGCUGCCUACCAACCCACGCGCACGGCCAUCACCCGUCAGAAUGGCUGCACCACCUUGUUCAUGCCCGCUAGCACGGGCAACACCCUGGGCAUGAAGAUGAUCUCCUUACAAGAUAACAGUCAGGCCGGCUGCUCCGUCGACCCAGCCUUAGACUUGUCCUCCGCAGCCUCCCGGACCACCACCACCACCUCCUCCUCCUCCAGCCGAGUCAACCAGCGCAAGUCCAUGUCCUCCAUCUCCUCCGAAGGCAGCGAGCAGUCCAUGUCCUCCCAAGAAGACGACGACCAUACCUCCUCCUCUCCCUCCUCCAGCAGCAAAUCGCUCACCCCCGGCUGCGUGAACCAGCAACCCAUCGACACCGGAAUGUCCAACACCAUGGGUGCCUGGCCCGCCGCCGGCUCCCGUGAUACCUCCCCACAAGGAUCAGUGACAUUGAUCGACGAGACGAGUUUACCCUUUGGAUUGAUCAACGCUCAUGAACUCACCCCCUUUCGCACCGCCUUGACCGCCACCAUGACCCUCAACAAACGCAAGCGCGUGCGAACCGUGGUGGUGUUCGGGGCGGGCAAGCAGGCAUACUGGCACAUUCGGCUGGCGCUGAUCCUGCGCGGAGAGGGCAUCAAACGAGUGUAUAUCAUCAACCGAUCCUUUGACCGCGCGGCCCAGCUGCUGCGGGAUAUCUACAGCCCCGAGAACGCCAGCUGGCGCGGCGAUGUGAAAUUCUCCGCCGUCAGCACGGACUUUGUCGAGUACGACCGCAUCCUGCACGAUGCGCUGCUCAAGGCAGAUGCGAUCUUCUGCUGCACGCCCUCGACGGAACCGCUCUUCCCUGCACAAAUCCUCACAUCGCGCGACGGACGCCGAAAGGGCCGUCUGAUCAGCGCGAUUGGAUCAUAUCGGCCACACAUGACGGAGCUGCCACCUGAGUUGCUGCGCGACGAGGUGACGGUGCACAGCUCGCAUCGGCAUUUCCACAAGCAUGUGCGACGGAGUGGCGUGGUGGUGGUGGACAGUCUGGAUGCGGCGCUGAAGGAAGCCGGCGAGAUUGUGCAGGCGGGCAUCCGGCCGCAUCAGGUGGUGGAACUGGGCGAGCUGCUGAUUGUGCGGGAUGCGUCGCGCGGGGAGGGCGACAACAGCGAAGAUGGCAAGAGUCUUCGGGAUUGGGUGGAGCGCGGGAAUGUGAUCUUCAAGAGCGUGGGGAUGGGCUUGAUGGAUCUGGUGACGGGCGGCGAUCUGGUGCGGUUGGCGCGGGAGAAGGGAGUGGGCACGACGCUGGAGGAAUUCUGAAUGCUUUCUUUCUUUUCUUUCUUUCUUUUCAUGUAGUAAUUACUGGAGAACUAUCACGAUGCGGGCACCGGGAAGGAGGUAAUUGCUGGACUAUGAUAUCCAUAUUCAAUUCAUGCUACUUUUAUCUUUCUA